AUGUCCCGCGUUGCUGGCAUCGUGUUCGCUGCCUCCCUGGCCCUCUACGGCGCCAGCUGCUUCAUCGUGCCUGCGACUCUUCCGAAGGGCGCACCUCAGACGGAGUCGGGUGCUGUGGUGGGACAGCCAAGCGCCAUCAACGGCACUCCUGAGUCAGCUUCCUGGAGCCCGCUUGCUGUCGGUGCAGCCUUGGGGCUUUUGAUCGCCGUGGCUACUGGCCGACCGGCUUUCGCUGCGGACCUGGAGAACGGCGAGGCUAUCUUCAACGGCAACUGCACCGCCUGCCACGCCGGUGGGAACAACUCGAUUGUGGCAGAGAAGAAGCUUAAGAAGGAAGCCCUCGUCCAGUACGGCAAGUACGAUGUUCAGGCCAUCAUCACCCAGGUGACCAACGGCAACGGUGCCAUGCCUGCUUUCGGUGAGAAGCUGGGGCCCGAUGACAUCGAGGACGUGGCCAACUACGUCUACAGCAAGGCUGACAAGUGGUGA